CGUCCACGAUAUAGCCGUUACAAUCACCGUCCUUAAACCGUACAGCUGUCAAACGGCAAUCGUUAAAAUUUCCUUCCAUUUCCUCCCUCGCCGUUCACAAUCCGUCACCCCCAUUUCCCCUAAAAAUCCCCCACCAAACUGAAAUUCCCUACUUUUGGAGACCUCACAAGCAAAACCCAAAACGAAGAGCUCAAAAACCCGACCUCCAAUGGCAAUGGUGGUACCAAACCCACACCACUAAAAAUCAAAAUCUAGGGUUUCAAAAUCAAAUCCAAAAAAUGGCAGACAAUAAAACAAGCAAAACAACUCCGAAGACCAAGAAGGAAGCCCAAGGCCUCCUCCUCGGGCGAUACGAGGUCGGAAAAUUCCUCGGCCACGGCACAUUCGCAAAAGUAUACCAUGCCCGAAACAUCAAAACCAACGAAGGCGUAGCAAUCAAGAUCAUCGACAAAGAGAAGAUCCUCAAAGGCGGCUUAAUCGCCCACAUAAAGCGCGAGAUCUCGAUCCUCCGCAGAGUCCGACACCCCAACAUCGUCCAAUUAUUCGAAGUCAUGGCCACCAAAUCCAAAAUCUACUUCGUAAUGGAGUACGUUAAAGGCGGCGAACUCUUCAAUAAGGUAGCCAAAGGUAGACUCAAAGAAGAAGUAGCCAGAAAAUACUUCCAACAACUCAUCUCCGCCGUUGGAUUCUGCCACGCUCGCGGCGUCUACCAUCGAGAUCUAAAACCCGAAAACCUCUUGCUCGAUGAAGACGGAGACCUCAAAGUUUCCGAUUUCGGUCUUAGUACUGUCUCCGAUCAGAUUCAACAAGAUGGUUUGUUCCACACUUUUUGUGGUACUCCAGCUUAUGUUGCUCCUGAAGUUUUGGGUCGAAAAGGGUACGAUGCUGCUAAGGUUGAUAUUUGGUCUUGUGGAAUCAUUCUCUUUGUUUUGAUGGCUGGGUAUUUGCCUUUUCAUGAUCAGAACAUUAUGUCUAUGUAUAAGAAGAUAUACAAAGGUGAGUUUAGAUGUCCUAGGUGGUUUUCUAAUGAAUUAGUUAAAUUGCUUUCUCGUCUUCUCGAUAUUAAUCCCGAAACUAGGAUUACCAUUCCUGAGAUUAUGAACAAUCGCUGGUUUAAAAAGGGUUUUAAGCAUAUUAAGUUUUAUAUUGAGGAUGAUAAGUUGUGUAGUGUUCAUGAUGAGAUUAAUAGUAGUAAUGAUGUUGGGUCUGAGUCUGAGUCUGAUCAAUCGUUGUUGUCUGAAUCCGAAUUGGAAAUUGAGUCUCGGAGGAGGCUUUCGAGUUUGCCAAGGCCGGCGAGUUUGAAUGCGUUCGAUAUUAUAUCGUUUUCGCCUGGGUUUGAUUUGUCAGGUUUGUUUGAGGAGGGAGGUGAUGGGGCUAGGUUUGUUUCGGGGGCUCCCGUGCCGAAGAUAAUAUCGAAAUUGGAGGAGAUUGCGAAAGUUGUGAGUUUUACGGUGAGGAAGAAGGAUUGUAGAGUGAGUUUGGAAGGGACUAGAGAGGGAGUGAAAGGACCUUUGACAAUUGCAGCGGAGAUAUUUGAAUUAACACCGUCGUUACGGGUUGUGGAGGUGAAGAAGAAAGGAGGAGAUAAAGGAGAGUAUGAUGAUUUCUGUAACAGGGAAUUGAGGCCCGGUUUGCAGAACCUGAAUGGUGAAGAACUUGCAACUUCUUCACUUCCACAUACUCCAAAUUUGGUGUCAGAUACUUCACAUUUGGUUUCGGGUACGUCACAUUCACUUCCAGACUCUCCAAAUUUGGCAUCGGAUACUUCACAUUUGGUUUCGGAUACUUCACAUUCACUUCCAGAUUCUCCAAAUUUGAUUCCAGAUACUUUACAUUUGCCUUCAGAUACAGAAUAAAGAGAGAAAUAAGAGAAAAGGGUAUGCUUUUCUCUUUUUUCUUUACUGCGGCUUCUCUGUGAUAACUUUUUGUUUUCGCUAAUUUACUUUGGCUAAAGCUUUAGCAAUUGCUUGGUCAUUUGUAUUUUCCGUACCUGUUUUAUGAUACAAUGUCUGAUUAUAUGAAAUGGAAAACAUAAAUGUUUCUAUCUUGCCUUUUUGGUGGCGUGACUUUGCUUCUUUUUCUUUUCUCAUGAAUUGAAGAACCAUGAAUUUCUUUUC